AUGGCAUCACACAAUUAAAUAUAAAAAGAUGUAUUACUAAUUUAAAACUAUUAUAUAGAAAUAUAAAAGAGAAUAUUAACCUUUAAAUAAAGUAAGACAUCAAUAUAGAAUUUUGAAUAAGGAGAAAUAUAAGGUAAUAGAGAGAACUUUAUUAUUCAAAUGGAUCUAUGUAUGUUACAGAAUUUUAAUUAAGAGAAACACACUUAUGAAGUAUAUUUUCAUCAUCAAAUAUGAAAUAUGAAGGAUAAUGGUAUUUUAAUUGCAUCUAAGGAUAUGCAAUCUUAUAAAAACCCAUCUAUAAAAUUGAAGGAACUCUUCUUUAACAUAAACCUCAUGUAUCAUUUAAGAUUAAGAAGGUGAAUUUUUAGAUGAUUAAAAACAUGGUCAAAUAAUCAAAUAUCAUU